AUGUCGAGGAAUUUGUCACUAGCUUAUCAGAGCUUUGGUGUAGUUUACGGGGACUUGGGUACUUCACCUCUUUAUGUUUACUCAAGCACAUUUUCUGGGAAGUUACAGAAACAUAUUAGCCAAGAUGCAAUCUUUGGUGCUUUUUCAUUGAUCUUUUUCAUUGAUGCAAACAUAUUAACCUUUUGCAUGCCAUGUCAAGAGAUGAUCGAGAUUGUGAUUUUUAUUAUCGGUAAUUUUCAGAUGAGCUGCUUCGUGUUACUAGCAUCGAUAUUGCUAUGUUGCCCUUCAUAUGUUUCUGCAGUAGUUGUUAAGGCAAAUUUAUUUGAUGUGGCUUUAAAUACAAAUAUUCUUGAUAUUGUCUCUAAUGGUUCCUUGAGGACUUCACAAGCAUUGGAGGUCUGA